GGCGUAAAGAAUAGAUAGGAGCGUCAAGAGAGACAAAUAUAUAAUUCACCCAUACGAUCGAAAUACGUAGCCAUCAUCAUUCAAGGAAAGAAAGAUGGGAAGAGCGGAAGGAUGGACUAGAUUACGCGCAGCCGCCCUAUUGUUCAACGCCAUAUUGUUAGGCGUCGGAAACUGCGGCAACCCUCUUCUCACGCGCCUCUACUUCAUCGGCGGCGGCGCCCGGAUUUGGUUUUCCGCCUGGCAGCAAACCGCCGCUUGGCCAGUCACUUUCAUCCCUCUUUUCGUCUCCUACAUCCACCACCGCCGCAGCCGGAGCCGGACAAGUGACUCCGGUGAGUUCCAACACAUCACGCCGUUUCUUUUCAUCUCCGCCGCCCUCAUUGGCCUUCUGAUGGGCCUGAACAACUACUUCUUCACGUACGGCUACGCCAAGCUCCCCGUCUCCACGGCGCUUCUGAUCGGGAGCGCUCAGCUCGCGUUCACGUCGGUGUUCGCUUUCUUCCUCGUGAAGCAGAAGUUUACGGCGUUCACGAUAAACGCGAUCGUUUUGCUGACGUUAUCAGCAAUUGUUUUAGGUGUCCGGGCGGGGAACGACCGCCCGGACGGGGAGCCGAACAAGGAUUAUAUUAUGGGGUUUGUAUUAACAGUUGGGUCGGCGGCUUUGAUAGGGUUGCUUUUUCCGUUGAUUGAGUUGAGUUAUAGUAAGGCGAAGAAGGCCAAAAUUGAGUAUAGUAUGGUGCUGGAAUUUCAGAUGGUUCUAUGUUUUGCUGCCACUCUUUUCUGCACGGUUGGAAUGUUCAUAAACCACGACUUCCAGGCAAUAUCAAGGGAAGCAAGAGAAUUUAAAUUAGGAAAAACAAAGUACUAUUUGAUUAUAGUGGGGAAUGCAAUAUUUUCACAGUUCUUUUUCGUGGGAGCCCUCGGAGUGACGUCGUAUGGCUCAUCUCUGAUGUCUAUUGUCAUCAUCGCCGUCCUCCUCCCCACCACGGAGCUGAUGGCCGUCAUCUUUUACCACGAAAAGUUCCAGGCCGAGAAGGGCAUCUCCCUCUUCCUCUCCCUAUGGGGAUUUGUUUCUUACUUCUACGGAGAUAUAAAAAACAACAUCAAGAAAAAGAACCAGCCGGCGGCGGCGCUGCAAGUUACAGAGAUGCCCUCUUCCGUCAUUUCACCGUCAAUAAUUGUGACCGCUCCUUAAAGUCGUAGCGCAACAAAAGUUACAAAACUCGCAAUCCAUUCCAUUGGACUGGCCGGCCGGCUUCAUCGUCUGAUUUAUAGGCCUGUCGUCAAAUACUUUAGUGGCAUGACAAUGUGUACUACUACGUAUUUGUCAGUUGAAAUUCAAUCUAUUGGAUCGUGAAAUUUUUAGUGUAAAAAACGCGUGAUGAUAUUCUUUACUAUAUAUUGAGCCCGUUUGGCAACUCUGUUUUCAGGCUUAUUAGGCUUAUCAGCCAACUUUUUCACCAAACAUGUAAGUUUUACUUUCGCGCGCUGGAUUACGUAAUAAGCAGUAAAAGUAAGGUUGGAGUUACUUUUCUGGCUGUAUUAGCUGAAGUUAUUGUAGAUGACCAUUUUAGCUAUUCUUACAUAUAAUUUUUUCUUUAUUUUAUUAAUAAAAUAUAUUUUAAAAAUAAUUUUUUCUUAUAUCAGCAGAAUCAGCCAAUGCAGCUACUUCAGCCAGAACUUCAUAAAUUUCAGCAGAAUCAGCCAAAACAGCCGAUUUUCGUGCUACCAAACGGGCUCAUUGAGUGUUCUUGGGACCUUUGGGAAGAGACACGCCCCUUCUCGUUAGUCGUAAGAAGGAGCGAGCAGUCAUUUAUGUUUUGUAUCAAAGAGAAACUCUUUUGGCCCCUUAUAUAUUUUAAUGUUAAAUAUACACAUCAUAUGUUAACUAUAUAUAAAUAGAGAGACCAAAUCUGUCAUAUGGCAAACUUAAUGGUAAGACAUAAAUGUCCCCAAUAUUUAUUAAAUUAUAUUAAUGGUCCAAGGGCAUUUAAAUUGAAUAUUUUUCAACAGAACUCAUUUGGUUAAAGAUAAGAUGUAUGUAAUUUGAUUGUUUUAAAUCUAGUCUGGUAUGUUCUGAAAUGGUCAAAUUUGAACCAAUCUGGUAUGGAGAUAUCUGUUGUAUGUGUAUUUUACAACAAUCAAUGUUUUGUUUGAUCUAGUUUGAUCGAUAUGUUCAAGUCCGGUUUGAUUAUAGCUAGUCUGGGAUUGAAAUAAACCAGUUUAAUUAAAAACAACCUAAGUCUAAUAUGUUAUGUCAAGUCUGAACUACUCUCGUCUACCAUAUAUAUAUUUUAUAUUAUUUAAGUUUGAUGUGAUUUGCUUUGGUGUAAUGUAGCGUGAUCUAGAUAUAGUAUUGUCUGAUAUGAAAUUGAAACAAUCCUAAAGUAACCGUUCAGAAUCAACAUUAUAAUAAUAAAUGUAUUAAAAUGAUAAUACAUUUUAAUAGAUGUAUUAAAAUAAUAAUUUGUUAAAAUCUUAAAAUUAAGGAUGAAUUCGAAUUAAUAAUAAUUAUUUUAAUGGGAUGAUGUUUUUAAGGCAAAAGAAAAAAUACUCCGUAUCUUUAACCAAAUUGUGACGUACGUAAUACUUCUAUUUUCCAAUAACCCAUUAUCCAGCCGCAAAUUAUACCGUGCGACCGGUAUACCAUGCGCAUGGUAUACCGGUCCACUAAUACGUACAGUACCAUUUUCUCUUCUCAAUCUCCCAACGUAACAAUCCAAUACUAUAGAAGCUUUCUUUCUUCUUCCAGGUUAGUACUUUCUUUCUCUUUAUUUUUCUUUUCUAUUUUCUUCAAUUCUUUUUUCUUCUACACGAAAUACUAAAACUUUAUUUGUGAUUUUACUUAUAUUUAUAUUUAACUAAUUAAAAUACAAUUGAAUUAAUUUUUUUUUCUCUACCAAAUUAUUACAAAAUUUUAUUAAUCUACAUAAAAUAAGUAUAUUGUAUUUCAUAAUAUAAUCAUACAUUUUCUUUACUUUUUUUUAGCUUCAAC